AUUUUUCUAAGUAUCCUGUAAAGUGUUUUCAUUCUCUUUCAAUUCCAAGUAUGUUACAGAGCCCUUUAUGAUUUUCUUUUUCUCCCAGAGCUAUUUAGUAGGUUGCUAUUUAGUUUCCAAGCAUAUUUGUUUAAACUAUUUAACCACAUCUAAAUUUAAUGUCCGAUUUUCAGAUGAUGUAGUUUGUAUGAUGCCUCCUUCGCAGCCUCACAGAUUUCCGCUGGGCCUCAGCACCCUGGUAUCUUCACCCCAACACUGCCCAGGUGUGGGCUUGGUGGACACUCUGGGCCACGCUCUCACGGUGGCUGAAAUAGCUCUGUCCUAAGGGUCUGCAGACCCAAGUGUCAGCUUUGGCUCCUCGUCUUGCCCCUUGCAUCAUCCGGGGCAUGACCCCGCCCACCCAAUUUGAGCAGGCCAACCUGGGGCCGGGACCCUCCCAGCUUGGGAUCCUGCGGUGUGAAGACUCGCUCCCAGUAGGUCGGGACCACCCGUGUGCUCAGCGCACCUGGGCUUCUUCCUGGAAGCGCUUGGUUGGGGAUUAGGACCUGGAGGGCGACUGGGAGGUUGGCAUUGUUCCCAGUCCUUCCCGAUUCUCCAUUCACUGGUUUAUGCAUCCUUUGCACAGAUGCUCCCUGAGCGUAACCAGAGAGGGUGUGGGGCUGGUAGAGCUGAGUUCGGAGCUGCUGGGGCGCAGAGUGGGAGCGCUAAGACCGCGAGGCAAGGGAGAGGAGAUGGUCUCUCAGGAGGGCCCGGCAAGGCCCGUUUUUCCCUAGGACCACCCCUCGGAGUGGGGGCGGGGAGCUGACUCCGCCCGUUUUCUUCCCCGGCUUGGCACCAGAUCUCACUGUGGCUGUCAGGGACCCCAGGAUUUGGGUCAUCGACGAGUCGGGUGUUAGGUCCCUCCCCCCGGAAAAGUUCUGCGCAUUCUCUGCCCCGCCCUUCCCGCCUCCCGGGGGCGCAUCACCUCCGCUGUAGGUUCCCUGAGCCGCCCGCCCUGCCCUAACGGUGCCCUAGGCCUGGACCAAGUGCCCCCAUCCACCCAGAGAACACCGGCCGUCUCCAUUCGGCUUCUCUACCCUCCUCCCCAGCUGGCCGCUCUCCCGUGCCCUCUCUGCCCCGGGUCGGGGAUUCUCCGCUGUCCCGUGCCUGGAACGUGCUCAGCGGGAGCCUUCUAUAGAAAAGCCCGGGCACAGAUGCGGUGCAGGGACCAGCGCCCCCGAGGUGAUCCGAGGUCCCUCGGCCAGGACACAUGGAUGCCCACCCACCGAGCCUCAUGGUAGGAGUCUAACUGCCUCCAUUUCCUCACUUGUCCUGUGAGGACCCCUACCUUUUCCUCUGGGAACCUACCCUCCACUGGCCCCUUGUGGCCCUUGCCAGGCUCAGGCAUGCCCACCCUCAAGGGAGUGAGCAAAACCCUGCCCAGAUUGGGGCCUGCCGGAGGCCCUCAUGGGGGGAGGUUUGUAGAUCACCAUGAUCUGGCUCCCUCCUACUCCUCCAUACUGCCCCUCCCCUCAAUUUUUAGAGCCAAAGGGGCCUGAUGACUGUCUCGCCCAGCCAUGUGCCUGAGACACACCAUGAGGUGGAGCCAGAAUGAGGCUGGCACCCAGGGUUCCCUGGGGUGCUGGUGUAUGUCUUUUCAGGAGGCUGUGACGUUUGGUGAUGUGGCCGUACACUUCUCGAGGGAGGAGUGGCAGUGUCUGGACCCUGGCCAGAGGGCCCUCUACAAGGAGGUAAUGCUGGAGAACCACAGCAGUGUGGCUGGACUAGCAGGGUUCCUGGUCUUCAAGCCUGAGCUUGAUCAGCCCUUGCUCAGCCACACUGACACGGUCCCCUUCUCUGCCAUCCCCACAGCAGGGUUCCUGGUCUUCAAGCCUGAGCUGAUCUCCCGGCUGGAGCAAGGGCAGGAGCCAUGGGUCAUUGACCUGAAGGGAGUCGAGGGGAGAGAGGGGGCAAGAACCUGCCUUACAGAUUCUGCAGUUGGGAUUGCAGGUGAGCAGGCCUGUGAGGACAUGGAUGUUCUAAAGUCAGAACCCUGUGUGGCCAUGGUCAGAAGCCCCCCACAGGGUUUUCCUCAGAGUUCUAGCUUUAGAGACACCUCUGAGUCUGAGGUCUGGUCAGAGAGUAAGCCAGGCUCCCUCCUCCAGAGAAACCGCUUGAACACAGGGACUGUGGCUCCCAGGAAGACCUUCUCCAAGGAGGGUGCCCAGAGAUGUGGCGAGCUGGAGAGCAGUGGCGGCCUGGGUUGUCAGCCUGGCAGAAGUCAGGGAGGGGCCGCCGAAGGGACAUCCCAGAGAUGUGACCUGUGUGGCACAAGCUUCAGAUCUACUUCAGACAUUGCUCUGCAUCGAGACAUGAAUACACAGAAGAAACCUAACAGCUGUCUGGAGUGCAAAAAAAAAUUACCUGACUGUUCACAGGGGAAACAUGGAAGUAAGUGCCACGGAGAGAAGCCGUAUGAAUGUGAGGAGUGUGGGAAAGUCUUCAGGUUGUGCUCCCAGCUUAAUCAGCAUCAGAGAAUCCACACUGGAGAAAAGCCAUUCAGAUGCAUCGAGUGUGGAAAAGCCUUUCGUCUGAGCUCAAAGCUUAUUCAGCAUCAAAGAAUUCAUACUGGAGAAAAGCCCUACAGGUGUGAGGAGUGUGGAAAGGCCUUUGGUCAGAGCUCCAGCCUCAUCCACCACCAGAGGGUCCACACGGGGGAGAGGCCCUAUGGCUGUCGGGAGUGCGGGAAGGCCUUCAGCCAGCAGUCCCAGCUGGUCAGACACCAGAGGACCCACACCGGAGAGAGGCCCUACCAGUGCCAGGAGUGUGGGAAGGCCUUCAGCCAGAGCUCAACCCUGGCUCAGCACCAGCGGAUGCACGCUGGGGACAAACCUCAACUUCCAAGGAACCCAGAUGGUCCCAGCCUUGUUGCACAUCAGAGAAUCCACCCUACAGAGAAACCAUUUAAGUGUGACGAGUGUGGAAAGGCCUUCAGGUGGGUGUCUCGCCUCAGUCAGCACCAGCUGACCCACACUGGAGAGAAACCUUAUAAAUGCAACAAGUGUGCAAAAGCCUUUGGUUGUAGUUCACGGCUUAUUCGCCACCAGAGAACUCACACUGGAGAAAAACCAUUUAAGUGCGAGGAAUGUGGGAAAGGCUUUGUCCAGGGCUCACACCUAAUUCAGCACCAGAGAAUUCACACUGGAGAGAAGCCCUACGAGUGUAGUGACUGUGGAAAAGCCUUCAGCCAGAGCUCAAGCCUCAUUUACCAUCAGAGAAUCCAUAAGGGAGAGAAGCCCUACGAGUGCCUCGAAUGUGGAAAAGCUUUCAGUAUGAGCACACAGCUCACGAUACAUCAAAGGGUCCACACUGGGGAGAGACCCUACAAGUGUACUGAGUGCGGGAAAGCCUUCAGUCAAAACUCAACCCUUUUCCAGCACCAGAUAAUCCAUGCAGGAGUGAAGCCCUACGGAUGUAGCGAGUGUGGGAAAGCCUUCAGUCGGAGCUCCUAUCUUAUCGAGCAUCAGAGGAUCCACACCCGGGCCCAGUGGUAUCAUGAGUACGGGAAUACCUUGGAAGCUUCUACCCACGUGAGCCGUAAAAAAGUCAAUACUGUAAAGAAACUGCAUAAAUGUAAUGAAUGUGAGAAAAUAUUCAGGUGGCGCUCACAUCUCAUUAUACAUCAGAGAAUUCACACCGGAGAGAAACCUUACAAAUGUAAUGAAUGCGGCAAAGCUUUCAAUCGGAGCUCAAGGCUUACUCAGCAUCAGAAAAUUCACAUGGGAUAGACCACUUACCUUUAUAAAUGUGUAUAAAUGUGAAUAAACCUACAGCCUUAACUUUACAUAUUUUAUAUGGGAUCAUUUAUACUAACAAGAAUUUAGAACGUGGGGAUAGAUUCCAAAUUACCCUCUUAAGAAAGAAAAUGUCUAAAUUCAUAUAAAGUGGAUGUUCCUUUGCUGGGACGUGUGACCGUAGCCCACUCAGCAAAGCCUGUGUCCCUCGAGUCAGGGUGCACAUGUGUAGAGUUUCGAGCUCACAGAGGGAAGACCCUCGGUCCUAUGGAUGAGGAAGAUCAUGGGAAAAGGCCUGUGAGCUUUGCCACACAGGUAGCUUAGAAGUUACCCAAAGUGUCUUCCCUGAGCACUGGUCCUUCAGGUUGGCUUCAGCAGUCAGGAUGUGGUAGCUCGUGCUAGUGGAAGCCCAGAGGAAGGUGCCUAGAACCCCUUUCUCCCACCCCACCAGAGCAACCCGGGGUUACAGCCGGAGGGCUCAGUGCCGGCCUGUUCAGAGAGGAGCUUGGAUCAGCGCAGGACUCCAGGAAUUGCACCCGGGCCCAGGGACCUGCUCUGUGACUCUGGGAUGCCACUGUCCUUGAAAUCCAGAGUCUCUCUCCUUAUCAGCAUUGUUACAGGGUGAUCAUAAGAAUUGAACUGUAAGAGAGCCUCCCCCCUCCCACACUGAGACCCCAAGCUGGCAUCUCCAGCCAAACCCAGUGCAGACCUGGCCUCAGCAGGAAGAGCUCACGGGAGCCCAGCAGAUGCCACCCAGAGGCCAGGGUGUGUACUGUUCCUGCUGCUUACCAGACUUCUCUGAAUUCGUCCUGCCAUAAACUGCCAGAACUGGGAGGGUCUGGAAGCUGACAGAUGAGCCUGUUGCCUUUUCCCAGAGGCUGGUGGAGAUGGAGACAGACUGCUCACCAGCAGCCUGAGGCUAACCACAGUGUGGAUAGUGGCCCUGCCCUAGGGUCCUGGACUCACCAAAAGUUGGAGGGGACCAAAAGUCUCAUUCAGACUGGCUGCAGCCCACUACCACUCACUUGAGACCUGUCGAUCUUUGGUGUCCUUGCCAGUUACCAUGAGCAAAAUUGGGGCUGGUGAACCCUCCUCCCCAUCCCACAUACAGAAAGGUAACCCAGAGGGACACAGGUCAGUCACUUCGGGAUUUAUGGCUUGAUUUGGCUAUGACUUGAUUUGGGUCACUGCCACACCGGUCUGGCUAAGGCUGUGGGUAGGUCCCUGAGACACUGCCUUCAUGGCCGAUCACCAGUAGCAGCUUAUGGAUUUGUAUCAGGUGAAGAAAGGGCUGACUGGUCCCUGUGUUUGCAGUGGGAGGUUCCAGAACUUUCUGGAACUGGGAACAGCAGAGUUCGGGAUGGUUAGGUCCGUGUGGGUUUCUGUGUUUCCAGCACAUGGGCCAGGAUCUCAGCCCGAUCACCAGCCACUGCUGCUUAGGCAGGCACAAAGUUCCGUGUGUUCUCAGGCUGCGGUGCCAGUUCUUGGGUUGAAGGUUGUGCCCUGGCCUGUACCUGCCCCUUUGGAGGUGUCCCCUCUCCAGGUGCCAGGACACUAUGAAAUCACUGUGCCCAUUUCAGUAGUUGUAACCGCCCCUCCAGCUGUCCCUACUCCACCCAGAGCUUAGGUCCAAAAGGGUCAGUGCAAGAGGACCAGGGACUGCAGUUUGGUCACUGACUGUGCCAUCCCCAGAAGGGAACCCUCUCUCGGCUACUUGCUGGGAGGUUCCACGAAGUCUUCCGGGUUCCAACCUGGGCAUGAUGCUGUCCUCUAACAGCAACUCCAGGCCAGCCAGAAAGGGCCAGAGGAUUCCACCGAAAUCAUCUCCAGCCCCUGGAUUCUCUCUUUGGAUUGACAUGGUCCUAGAUCAGGGGCUGGAACACGGAGGCCAUUAGACGGGGUGGCUCUCGUGCCUUGGUAGCUACAUAAGCUGACCAAAAUCUAGGCCGGAGUCGAUUCCUCUUAAGUGCACUCAUCUGAGAAAAUGAAAUUUAAGAACAACCAAUCACAAACAGCCAUAAGCAGUCUUCUCUGUGAAAACUUCUCCCCUGUCUCUUCCCAGCACAGAACUCUGGUUUUUUCAGGUGGGCACUGCCUGGUUCCAGUCCACGUUUGCUCAAGUAAACUCUUUAAAACUGAUGUACCUCAGUUUACCUCUUAAAAGGCUUAAAAGCUAAGAAGGGAAAAAAGGACUAUUUUGUGACAUUUGAAAAUUAUAUUGAAAUCAUAUUUCAGUGUGAAUAAAUAAAGUUUAUUGGAACA